AUGACUCGUCGUGAUAUGAGUAAAGAGGCCCUGAAGGCGAAACGGUCCGCCGUUAUCAACCAGCUUCAGCAGCUCCAUCAAGUCCUCAGCUCCGUCAAAUCUAGGACAAACUUUGGGAUUGACGAGCUCUGUGAGCUGAGUUUGAAAGCAGUCAGGGUUGAAUUAGCACCAGAUACGGAGCUUUUACAAUUUGAGCCAUGCUUUUUCCUGCCCCAGCCCACAUCGGUGUUUUUGGACCAUCCGUUAAUUGAGGAGGAAUAUGUAUCUGAUCUUGAGCGUGACCGUGGCGGUCCAGUCUUCUGUGGUGAGUACCCAACCGAAGACUCGGAGGAAGAUGAGGAUGAUUGGCUCGGAAAGUUAGAAGAUCUCUGUGAUCACAUUGAGAGCUGUGUGGACGCCCCUCGCCAUGGAAUUUAUGCCCCCCACGAGCUAGCAGGUUUGGACGAUCUCACACCACUGCGGUCUUGUGAGAAUCGGUUACCAGAUGUGAUCUUAUUUGUUGAUGGUGGACAUGCGGAUUGGGUCGGCAAGGUCGGGGACGGCCUCUGUUUCACAUAUGACUACCUCGACAAAUCCGGUGGAACGCCCCACGUAAUUAUCCAACUCGAAGUUCGAUAUUGUGGGAAUGACACGAGCCUCACCCAUGGUGAAGUCUGUGCGCUCGUUGGUAAUAUGUGUCAGUGGUAUAGUCUCCGAGAAUUUCGACACCACGCAAUGUGUCCCGUGAGUCUACGCCUCUUCUUUACUGAUCCCGGGCUCUUCUAA